AUGGGAAAAGGUGACGGCAAGAGCAAAAAGCGCAAAAAGAAAACGACUCCCACAUCGACGUCCGGUGACACCGACAGCUCGAGGGCACCCGCCCACAACCCCGAACCCCUCCGCGUCACCAAUAAUAUCAACGUCCCCGUGCGUCACCAAAUCCGCAUGGCGCAACUCAACAAACAAGCUUCGCGCCAGUCCAGUCCGGGCUUUCGACAAACGCGUGUCCAGCGCACUGCCUACCGACGAUCCUGGGACGAGGAAGAAAUUGUACAAAAAGCCGAAGAACGUCGGCGCAAAGGUCAGGAUCCCAAUUGGGACGUGAUUUUGAACCGGACUUCCACCGCUCCGCUUGUCAUUGUCGAUGGCUACAACGUCAUAUACAAAUGGUCGAGAUUGAAAAAACACAUGGUCAAGGGGGAUCCGCAAAAGGCCCGUCAACUAUUGACGGACGAUUUGGAAAAUUUGCGAUCGCUCAAGGGCUGGCGGAUAGAGUGCGUCUUUGACGGUACUAGACGCUCUACGGUUGGACCGCUUGGUCAUGGACCGGGCAACAGCAAUACGCCGACGGGAAUGGACAAGAUCACCCGGGCAUCCGUUUCCAAGCACGGAGUCCGUGUAGUCUUUACCGGCGUAGGUAUUGAGGCCGACAGCUAUAUCGAAUCGCGAUGCGCCCGCGCCAAGAAUUUGACACAUGGCGAAUUGACGGGCUCUUUCAUUGUUGCCACAGAUGACGCCAUGAUUCGCCUGGCGGGGCAGAAUGCCGGGGCCUUGUGCAUGAGUACGGAUCGUUUCGUAAGCGAGCUGAAGGCCGUCAAGAAGGCUGUGGAAUAUCGUGUAGAGGCAGCCAUAGCCAAGGCUAACGGACACGCCAUUCGCCCGAAAAGUUUACGCGGCAACAAUCUACAUAGAUUUGGUCGUCGUUCGGUAUUGAUUGAAGAUAAACGGAAUCGUACCAAGGUGGUCAAGCCGGAAGCAGUGUACGAAUUGGAUAUAGAUAUCGAAGUGGAAGAGGACGAGAACGGGAUACCUUGGUGGGCCAAAGCACCCAAUCAGACGAACCCAUACAGAUGA